UUACUGGCUGCUCUCCCCGCACCGCUGAGCCCACCGGCUCUGCGCCAAUCACAGCCUGCCUUUACCUACGCGCACAUGCAUGCACGAACUCACAGACACAGACCCUGACAUAAACACACACACGCGUGCGCGCACAUACUGGGAUCCACUGCUCCGAUUCUCCACAGCUUUCACAUGCGUCCCCACCGACUCCGCGUAGCGCUGGCUGCGCCAAGGUGAGCAUGGUCGUACCGAUACCUUCUGAACGUCUCACCGCCUGACUGACCCAGAGUCGGGGACAGAGAGAGAGAGAGAGAGAGAGAGAGCGAGAGAGAGAGAGCGAGAGAGAGAGAGAGUGAGAGAGAAAGAGAGAGAGGGAAAGACCAUCUUUCCUCUCUCACAACCCAUCUUCCCUUCGCUCGGAGGAGACCGCAGCGCAAGCCGUUUGUUUCGGCAUCAUUCUUUUAUUCACCCCCUCUCCUCCUCCUGUUCUCGCUGCACCCCCUCCCUGUUAUUGCCGGCCGCCCGGUUUGAAGGAGGAACCGGGGAGCCCGGUCGUGAUUUUGUGGAAAUACAUUUUUGCAUUUUUUCUGCUGGGUGUUGGUAGCGCGCAGUUGGUGCGCGCUUCUGUAAAUUCCGGUGAAUGGUGGAUUUGGCAAACAUGGAGACCGUGGAGAAGGAAUGCGGGGCCCUCGGGGGUCUAUUCCAGGCGAUUGUCAACGACAUGAAGUGCUCCUAUCCUGUGUGGGAGGACUUCAGCGCCAAGGCCACUAAGCUGCAUUCCCAGCUCCGAACCACUGUCCUGGCUGCUGUGGCCUUCCUGGACGCCUUUCAGAAGGUGGCAGACAUGGCCACCAACACCAGAGGGGCAACCAGAGAUAUUGGUUCAGCUCUGACCAGGAUGUGCAUGAGGCAUCGCAGCAUUGAGGCCAAACUUCGCCAGUUCACCAACGCUUUGAUGGAGAGUCUGAUCAAUCCUCUCCAGGACAAGAUUGAGGACUGGAAGAAGACAGCCAACCAGCUGGAUAAAGAUCAUGCAAAAGAGUACAAGAGGUCACGCCACGAGAUCAAGAAGAAGUCAUCUGACACCAUGAAGCUACAGAAGAAGGCUCGUAAAGGGCGAGGGGACCUGCAGCCUCAGCUGGACAGUGCCAUGCAGGAUGUCACCGACAUGUGCCUGUUGAUGGAGGAGACGGAGAAGCAGGCGGUGCGCCGAGCCCUGGUGGAGGAGAGGGGUCGCUUCUGUACCUUCAUUGGCUUCCUUCAGCCAGUCGUGAACGGAGAGAUUGCCAUGCUGGGAGAGAUCACUCACCUCCAGGCCAUCAUUGAUGACCUCACUGUGCUGACAACCGAUCCUCACAAACUGCCCCCUGCCAGUGAACAGGUGAUUAAGGAUCUGAAGGGCUCAGACUACAGCUGGUCCUAUCAGACCCCUCCUUCAUCUCCAAGCAGCUCCGGCUCACGCAAGAGCAGCAUGUGCAGCAGCGUCAACAGCGCCCACAGUAGUGCCUCCCGUUCGUCAGGAGGAGGCGGGAGUGGUGGUAUUGGUGGUGGUGGUGGUGGUGGAGGUUCCCAACCCCACUCACCCACUUCCUCCUCCUCCUCCUCCUCCUAUCGGUACCGCAGCAGCCUGCCGCACCAGCCUCCGCCACCGGGAGGCAUCGCCGCACACCGACUCAGCAGCGUCUCCUCCCACGAUUCGGGCUUUGUGUCCCAGGAUGCCAAUAUCUACUCCAAGCCUCCUUCACCCAUGCCCUCGGACAUCACUAGCCAGAAGUCAUCCAGCUCAGCGUCAUCAGAGGCCUCAGAAACAUGCCAGUCAGUCAGUGAAUGCAGCUCCCCUACCACUUUUGGCUCGUCCUUCGCUACCUUCCGCCCCGCUCUCUCUCACUCUGGCUCCACCAGGCCUCUCUCUGUCAUUCUUCCUGUUCCUGCGUCCCCACCCUAUAUCCGCCCCCCCGGAUCCAGCUCCUCCUCUCCCACAUCAAAGGUUCCUAUCUGGAAGGAUUGGUCCAAAGCAGGUCAGUAUGAGCAGCCGGUGGCUGCAGCAGCAGUCCAGAGGAGAAAGGAACCUCUCGACAGGCUGAGGGAGAACGAGGCAUCGCCGGGCUCCCAGGGGUACGCCGGGCCAUCACACCCCGAUGACGGGCAGAGAUCCAGGAUGACCCCGGCUACUAUUGCUGCAAAGCAUGGAGAGGAGGUUUCACCAGCAGCCAGUGACCUUGCCAUGGUGCUCACCAGAGGACUGAGUAUGGAGCAGCAGAAGAGUAGUAGAGACUCUCUGCAGUACUCCAGUGGAUACAGCACCGAGACCACGACCCCAUCCUGCUCCGAGGACACAAUCCCCUCACAAGGUUCAGAUUAUGACUGCUACUCAGUGAACGGUGAUGCUGAAGGUCCAGACGGACAGACAGAGUUUGACAAGUCCUCCACGAUUCCUCGCCACUCCAACAUCGCCCAGAACUACCGGCGCAUGAUCCAGACCAAGAGGCCAGCCAGUACAGCUGGUCUGCCCAGUGGUGUUCUCGGUCCCGGUGCCCAUGGGAUACCAGGACAACCUGGUGGAGCUGGUGGAGGCGGAGCAGGGACUCCAGGCACUGCCACCAUCCGGCGAACCCCAUCUACCAAACCAGGUGUGAGGCGCACACUGUCCAAUGCGGGUCCGAUCCCCAUCCGACCACCCAUCGUGCCUGUGAAGACACCCACUGUUCCCGGAGACUCACACUCACCUGGGGCGGGUGGUGGUGGGUACGCAGGUGGAGGACAUUCAGGUGGCGUGCCUGUGCGUGUAGGCAGUGAGGAGUGCGUGUUCUUCACUGGAGUCGAGGACGCACAGGGUGCGCUUGAUUAUGUCAAGGCGUCACCCAAGCGCCUCAGCCUGCCUAACACCGCCUGGGGAUCAGGGGCGGCAUUAGAGGUCUACGCCCAGCAGCACGGGGGCCUUGCACUAGGAACAGGUUCAGGGGCCGGAUCAGAGGAGGAUCAGAUGAUCGCGGCCAAUCGGCACAGCCUAGUGGAGAAGAUCGGCGAGUUGGUAGCCAGCGCACAUGCCCUUGGAGAGGGCCAGUUUCCUUUCCCCGCCCUCCCCGAUGACCCGGCCCCGCCUCCAACUGGCCCCACCGACUCUCAGACAGGGACAGAGGAAGCAGAGGGGUCCGGCGAUAUGCUGACCACUAUCAGGAGAGGAGUCCGCCUUCGCAAGACCGUCUCCAAUGACCGCUCUGCGCCACGCAUCUUGUGAUUGGAGGAGAAGCAGGAAGAAGAUGAUACUUGUCAGCCAAUAGGGAGUCAGGUGUUGGUGUGGUGCAACCCAACCACCUAGUACAUACACAAAAACUUAACCAUGUAGGGAAAGCUAUAAUAUAAAAGAAGAUGAAUGAAAACAAAAACAUACACAAAAAAUAAAUUUAAAGACACCAUUAGAGUAAAUGAUAUAUAAUAUUAUGAUAAUAAUAACAUUAAUAAUGUUAAUCCAUGCUGACGAUUAAAAGUUAAAUACUGAAUAUUGACAGGCUCCUAGCAGGCCACUAUAACUAGUGUGUGUUGGACGCAUGUUUGUCUUCUCUACACCCUCACCCAGGGACGGAAAGACUUGCAGGAAAAAACAGAUAGGAUUGAAAAAGAGGCAAAGAAAGAGCGAAAGACUGGGUUCUGUUCUGUUUGCCAACUUACACUUCCCCCCUCAUCUUCUUCUCCAACUAACCCGACCAUCUAAUCCCAGAUGAAAGACAGACGACUGAAGGAGGGACCGGCGGAGGCGCGGGGGGGUGGGGGGUGGGUGGGGGGUGGGGGGGUCAGAGUGCCAUGUGACCAGCUGGAUUUGAACCUGUCUCAGCAACAGCACACUGUACUUAUUAGCCCACUGAACUGAAACUUUUGGUAUUAGCACGGGGAGCUAACAAGCCAGAGGACUCCUCUGGCUCAUCCUAAUAAAAGAGUCUUUAAAAAAAAUACUGUUGGCAUUGAACCGUGCUAAUGCCUCCCUUCCCCUCUCUCUCUCUCUCUCUCUCUCUCUCUCUCUGUGUAAUGUGUGUGUGCAUUCAUUUGUAUGCAUGUAUGCAUGUAUGCAAAUGUGAAAUUUGAGCGUGUGUGCAGAUGUGGUUGAUUGUGUGUGUGUGUGUGUGUGUGUGUGUGUGUGUGUGUGCGUGUGCGUGCAAGCGUGUGCGCGUGCGAGGGGGGGUUGGUAGAGCUCUGCUGCAGGACAGCUGGUUGCCCAAUCAGGGCAGGGCUUUUCUCCUGUGUGUUGUGUGCGUAUUUUCUUGUUUAUAUCGUGACGUCAUUUACCUUGUUGCCACUGUACGAGAAGUUACGAUAAGUAAUCCAGGCGUAUAGAUAUAUUCAUAUAUAUUUUCUAGAACCAGAGAGAAAAUGUUAAAUCAGAAAUGGAGCAAUAAAUGUGUUUUAUUUUCUUGUUUCGAAAAAUGAGGAUCGAUGGGAGUAUUGUGGAUUCUCCUUUGUCACAUUCAGGCAAUCAUCAGGAAUGCUAAAUUACAUCGACUGUGAAUUCAUGCCUAGCCAAUUUUGGCGUCUCUCUCUCUCUCUCUCUCUCUCUCUCUCUCUCUCCCUCUCUCUGUCCCUGUCUCUGUCUGGGGGAGGAAACUGAUUACAAAAAUGUUGAAAAAAAAAAAAAAAGGAAAACUGUAAGCCCUUUGAGAGGUGGUAGAGUAUGUACAAUAGCCACUAGGUGUUGCUCUAGUCAUACUGUCUGAUAGGAAGAGUGAAAGUGAGAGAGAAGGUUGCCAAUAAGACACUGUCCUGAGGAUAUUAUUUGAUUUGCAGAAGAUGAAGAGGAAGACUGGGAAGGAGAAAGAGGAAGUGAUAAAGACUUGUGGAAUUGGAGUGAUUGGUCAAAUGAGAGAUGGGAUAAGAAAGUAGAGCAAAAAUAUUUAUCUAAAAAUGGAUUUGACAUCAGGGCCCUUCAGGGUACUACAAGCCAUCACCUGCUGUGGACUGUGAAUAGAGCUGAAGGUUUUUAUGAUGUGGCUGCACUGGUAUCUGAAGGACUGAACAUACAAUGCAAAUAAUACACUGCACAUAUACAGUAGGUCAGACUGAUUUUGGAAAUAGGCUUUAAAGGCUUGGUUCACCCAAAUGACAAAGAAACAUAUUCUCAUUAACCUUGCAUAUGUUAUUUAUCCAAGUUGAGAUAUUUAUCUCUGACAUGUCCGCCUCCAUCCUAUAAUAAUGGAGGCAUUUUGUUUGUGGUGCUAACAGCACUGCAAAAUCACAUUUUUUUUUUAAAUCGACAGCUACUUGUCUGCCCAGAGACAAUGAUGUCCAUACCUCUACUGUGGAAGUUUUAUCUCAAAAAAUGUUGACAGCACAUGCUAUGAAUUACUUAGAGCUACAAGGACACCAUCUCAGAAAGACAAAUUUCUGUUGAAUUUUAUAAAUGACAUUUUUUAAUACUGUGAGCACAACAAAUGAAAUUCAGUUCACCUGCGUUGUACUGAGGUGGAGGCAGAAAUCUCAAAACCUGGACAAAUAAAUCCAAAACCAUGAACAUGGCUAGAAUUUACAGACAUACAAAAAGUCACACAAUAUGUUUAUUUGUAAUUGUUCAUUGAGACUCAAACACACAUCAACUAUCUGACUUUCUCAUGUAGAUUAUGUUCAUUGGAUAUAUGGGCUAUUUGAGUGGCGUGAAUGUUCUCUGGAGUUUUUGAAAUUGAACACAGUGGGACUGUAUUUCCAAUGUACAAAAUGCCCUAUGUUAGAAAGUACACUUCACUCAUGCUCAUGUGCAAAUACAUAUCAGCACCACAGAUUUGCAUUGUUAGAAAGUAAAGAUAAGCCUUGAACAUCGCUGAACAAGUCACUCUAGUUAAAACCUCCUCCCUGCACAAAAUGAAAUAGCCUACAGCAAUCUUGUGUUACAUUUAAAAGGAUAUUAGGCUAAUCAAAAAACAAAUUGCAGAGGACUAUAGUUACACUAGCCUAAUGUUGCAAAGGGAGGCAAAAGAUUAUGAAACACAUGAAGAGAAUGCAUACAGUUAGUUGCUAAUAGUGUUGUAUAACACCAAAUUACUUAGCAAAAGUGUGAUCAGUAGCUAACAUUACAAUUUGAAAUUCUGAAAUUACAUUACAAUUACUAAUAAACAAUUAGGGUGUUAAACUGUUUGCUGUCUCAGCGAGAGUUUGAUGGAGGCUUGCUAUCAAUGUCCUCCCUGUGGGUAAGAGGACAGACUGCAGCUGGAUGCAUUAGCCUGAUGCAGGGGCAGGAAGUGUGGGGAGGUGGUUAGCUUUUGCCAGAAGAGGAGAAGUAAAUGUGUCUUCCGGUAGCUCCACAGUUGUCUUACAGUAUUCAUUUGUUGUGUUUUCUUAGCUGCCAGUUUGCAACUAGUAUCUUCGCCUUUAGCCGAAGCCAUCAAAUGGGGAAGGGACUUCUCUGUAGUGCUGCCAGCGGGGCUAAGCUAACGUUAGCCGUUGAUGGUCUUGUUUUGUAGUUUCACAUACGCUGAAUACAGAAGAUGUGAUUUAUGGCUGUGGAGGCUUUGAAGCUGUUCAAAGGCACCUUUGAUGAAACUGGGCUGAGUGCUGGAAGUGAAGUCAAAUGUAACGUAGCUAACUACCGUACAGCUGUUAUGUAAUUGUUGAAGAGGUUGAUUACAUUUUUCAUUACUGGUUUGCUAAAGACUGGUGUCACCUGAAACGUAAGCACAUUUAUACCAGCAUUUAAUGAACGUAGUUCCAGUUACCAAGUUCGAAAAAAUUCACCAGGCUACCACUGUACGGUUCUGAUAAGUUCAGUGCAAAUAACCCAGUUUGGCUCGGGACAUGGCAGUAUGAAAGGAUUACUUAUGGAUUAUUAAGAAAAGUUGAAGCCUGCUUGAUGCAUUCAUUGAUGACAAAGAAGCAGAGUGGUUUAAAUUAGACGUUUGAAGCUGACAGAGAGAGGAAAAGAUGUGUGGAAUGAGCAUUUCACUGCCUGUUCAUACAGUGUGUACUGUAUGUGCUGUACCUGUAAUCGAGAAUCAGACGCACAGAUUUGGUAUAAAGGUUUGUUAGAAAAUAUUACAUGGACUAUUCAGUUUUAUUUUUUAUUUCAUUCUCUAGUACCAUUUGAAUAUUUAGUCUUACUUUUAAUUAACGUCAAAAAAAAAAGAAGAAAAAAACUCCAGUUGUAACACAAACUACUACUGUGUGACAUAUGGAUGCAGGAUGUGUGGGUCGAGAGUGAGUGUGUCUUUGUUUGGCUGUUGAACUGUAGGCUAGUGAACUCUUCAUCAACAUGUCUGUGCGCGCUUCUAGCAGUGGCCUGGACACAGCUGGUGACAUCAGCGCUCUUUCAUGCUCUUUUCGUGGACUUAUUUAUUUCUUGCUGAAUAGAGCACUGUUUUAGACAUAUAUGUUUAUGGCUGUUUAAGAAGAAAAAUUAGGAGGAUUUAAUUUAAAGAGACAGAGAGGAGAAUGUUAGCAUUUUGAAAACAUUGUCACCCUCUGUGAGCACUUUUUUUUUUUUUUUUUAAACAGUGCUUCAGCAAGGGGAUGUUUUUAUUUUAUUUUGUUAUUAUUUUUUGUCUGGGGGGAACUACUGUAUGUGUGUUGUCACAUGCGGAUGCUGUGUGUUGUACCAGGUGAAUCUGACUGGGUGAGGGGGUGGAAGGGAAGAACAGCGGGCUUGGACUUCAUCCCCCCAAAAGAAAAAAUGGUCGGGUGAGAAAAUGUUCAGUGUUUUAGUAUAAGACCGCCUGUCGAGGUCACACUGUACAUGAAUAUACGUAUGUAUGCUGAAUGUACUACAAGCUGAAGGGUGAUAUCAAACUGUACAUGUGUGACUUGCUUGAAAUGUUGCAAUGUCUGAAUUUUGUUCUUGUACAACUGAAUGAAGUUUCCCGUCUAAACAGCAGGAAAGCAAUACAGGGGUUAGUGUGCAUGUACGUACAUUCACAAUGAUGUUCCAGUGUGGGUGUGUUAAAGGAAAAUACCACUGUUUUGUCCACUCUAGGAUACUUGUGUUCCCCCAUCUGUGAGGGAUUCCAUAUUGCAUGGCUCUAAUGGUAUGAUUUGGAGUUUUGAAACCGUUUACUGCAUCCAAGGACACUGCUAGAGCCGACUCCACUAGUCUGAAUGUUUAUGUGCUGUGUGUUUAUGAAUUCCAGUGCAAACUGAACCAACUGAACUCACUGCCAGUGAUCUACAGUAAGUUAUUGCUUGAAUAAAGGGUUUAAAAUGCCCUGCAGAACAGACGCGCUGCUUAAUUCCAGAUGAUGGAUAAUAACUCAGGACAAUGUAGGGUCUUCACAUUGACUGAGAGGUCAAGACAGUCAGAUCUAACUGCACAUGCUCCUGUCAUGCAACAGGAUGACUGGAUGUAGGAUGAGUGUGAGGUGAGAGAGUAACAUACAACAGUGCUAUUUUCCUUUAAACUGCCCAAUUAACAGCACAAAGGUUAUCUAACUAAACAAUAAUGUCUUUUUUUUUUAACAUGCUGAAUUAACUGUGUACUGAACUAACUGUCUGAACAAGCUGAAAUAACUAUUCUGCUACAGAUGUGUCAAUAUGCCCAUUUUUAUGAGUGUAUGUAUAAGUGGGUAGAAGUAGGCCUACCGGCAUGUGGGCAGAGUGGGAACUACAGUGACAUUCUGUAGGAACACACACACAGACAUAAAUACAUGCGUGCAGGCAUGCGUGCGUACACACAAACACACACACUAUAGGAUAGACACAAAAAACAAUCCCUUCAACUGAACUACAUAGUCCGAACUACAGCAUGUCUAAAUGGAACAAGCACUGCAAAAGGUAACCUUUUGACAUUAAUUUCAUAAUUUAAUUGAGUUAAAAUGUUGAAAAUAUGCUAUGAUUUCUUUAGCUAUUAGCCAGUGUGUGAGCUAGACAACAUCUAGAUAAAUACAAACAUGGAACAUGGUACAUUUCUUUCAUCUAACAGUAUGCAUACUUCAUUAGAAUCUGAAAUAAUGACUUCAGAAAAUGCUUUCUUUCUACACAUACAACUUGUCCCUCAGACUAUAUUGCUGUUGAGUACUGAGUAUGUACAUAUAAUUUAUGUCAGCUUGUUCAAUGUUAAAGGAAUUGUUUGACAUUUUGGGAACCAUUCUCUGUCUCUUGCUGAGACUGAGAUGAAAAUGUUGAUACCACCUGAAGCUCCAGCCAGCAGAUGGUGAGCUUGGCUUAGCAUAAAAACUGAAAGCACAGGGAAACCCAAAGUUAAAGGUCCCAUAUUUUACACUUUUCCUGUCUUUUAUUUGAAGUGUUGAUAUCCAUAAGAAGAAAACCAUCUCAAUGUAGUUUUACAUCUCCUCUCUCAGGCUUCGCUCUGGAGGAUGGCUGAGAGCAGUGACUGCUUUGUUGUGACAUCACAAUGUUACAGAAGUCUUGACGGCUGGUUUUAAGGCUCAGUUUCUGAAUACAGGCUGUGUGCAUUUUUCUGUGGACUGAGCGUUUUGAUACUUUCACAGUAUUAAUAUUGAACCUAGACCUGCUUUAUAAUAUAUCAUUAUAUAAAAGACAUGGAAAUCUCACUUCAUACAAUAUGGGACCUUUAAAGAAUCCACCAGUGUCUCUAAUUAACCCUCUAUAUCUUGUUUGUUUAGAAACUGCAGUGUUCUCUUUUCAUGGAGGGUAAUGUUCUGGACUAUUUCUUGGCUGGGCACACCAAUGUCCUGGGCUUCCUGCUGCUGUUGUGUGGCUUCCCCACAGUUACAAGAUUUUAGGAAGAAAGUAAACAAAUAAAUCUGGCUGAAAAACCAAAUUUUCCAAAAUGUCGAGCUACUCCUUUAAUGAAAAUUUAAUGGUUAGUUUUAUGAGAUGGUCAGACCAUAGUAGGAUUGAGACAUAAACACUCAACAGUAACAUUGUCUGAAAAGCCUGGAGGUGUGUGAAAACUGACAAUUAACCAAGUAUGGAAUUUGAAUUUCAACACUCAUGUCUCUGACCAAGGAGUAUGGAGAAAGGACUUUUUUUUUUACACCUGCGUGUCCCUCUCUUCUUUUUACUCUUUAGUAUUUUGCUCUUUCUUUUCUCACAACGCCCCUCAACCUUCAUCCACUGAUUGCCACACCCAGGGAUGCCGCCUAGCUGACAAGUUAGAAAACUGCUUGUCACGAUGAGAGUCUCAAUGGUUGCACUCUGUCUCUCUGUGCCUCACAGCUCAUCAACGCUAAUGAAAAAUAAUUGUGAUGAAGUCUUUAUUUUCACCACAGUCUACAGUGAAUAUGAGCUCAGCUCUGUUCCUCUCUCUCUAUCCCUCUCCCCUUAACACUCUUCCCUCCCCUCCCCUCUUCCCAUGUGUGUCUCUGUAUUGUAUGUUGGUAUGCACGUGUGCAACACUUCACAUGUGGGCGUGUGUGGUAAUGGCUAACGGGAGGUACCAUUAUGGGUCCAGGGUGUGCUGUUCAAGGGUUGGAAGCGUUAGCUAGGGCAAACCUCUCCCGUCUUUACCAGUAAGAUGAGCUGUUUUCAAAGGAAGUGUCUGAACAACUGACGCUCCAUCUCAGAGUGCUAGAUUACACUUUAAUUAAUUUUGAUCAAGCUUUUUAAGACAUCUUUUUUGGCUUAAACUCACAGAUGUCUGAUAUUACUUUGAUGGUUGCUUGGUGAGCUUCUAUCAAAGGAACCUACAAGAUGCAAGAGCGAGCAGUAAUUCAACAUGCACUGGGCCAUUUUACCCACACUGCCAUCACAAAAAAAUCGUCUGGUAAACAGUUUUUGAUUCUGUUGCCUGCCUUGGGGAUGCGCUCUCAGCACUAAAUUUUGGCAUUGCUCUGGAAUUAAUAAAUCAAUAUCAUGGCUUUGUGAACUAAGUGGGUCCAGUUGCACAAAAGUAUGACACUUAAGGUUUAAUUUCUCCUUAGAAUUACUCAUGGGUGUUGUACAGAAACUCUUAAAGGUUAAUUUUCUUCAUUUAUUGCCAUAAACCUGGUCAUAUUGCAGUUAAGAUAGAUUCAGAGGUAACUUGAGGUAGCUUUAUUGCUAAGGUCUUUUGUGACUUUAAAUGAUUCAUUAAGUAUAAGAGUAAGAUAAGGAAAAAACCUUGAAUACGUAAUUUAACAUUUUUUAUUUAAAAUAAAAAAUUUUGUGCAACUGUUUUUAUUUCAAGGAUACCGUAAGUCAGACUGUAAGGAAAAUCUUAACUGAAGGUGCUUUGUGCAACCAAAAAUGAGAUCUGGUGCACACUAUAAAAGUAAGAGUUUUUAAUAAGGUUUCUAUGGAGUCUAUGAUGAAGCUUUCAUCUUUCCAGAUCCAUAUCUUGUAUAACAUUCUUGUUAAGCCUGUAAAAACUCAGUUUACUGUCUCAGUGAUCAGCUGAUUCUGUCGAGACUUUAACAUCAAUGUUGUGAAGAUCAAGGAAGAUUUGAAUCACAGCAAUCAGCCACUUGUCAUUUUGGUGUUGUGACAUAAUGGAAUUAAAAGCAGGGUAAAACAGGAGCUCGGGCUGCCUGACGAUGGUCGAUGACUAUAAAACAUUCAGCCACGGCCAACUCACCCAGUAAUCUUGUUGACUGUUCGCACAUUCAGAUGAGUUUCCGUGGUUACUCAGAUUUAUAGGAAACUGGCAGACUUCCACUGUGAGCAUUUGCUCACAGCGUGAACACACCAUCAGAAAUCUAUGUGGAAAUUUUGUGGACGACAGCCUUAUUUGUAUUGUGGAACGAUUCUCCUCACAGCUUCAGUUCCCUUCACACAUAUAUAUAUAUAUAUAUAUAUACACUGGGAAUUCACUGUAUGUACGAAAUUAAAUGAAUAAAAAAUGUCACCCAUUUGAAAUAAUUGACAUAAGAAAAAAUGUAAAAUCCACUCCUUUAGCCAUUUUCCCAGGUUACGUUUAAUAUGUGUGUUUAUGACUGUAAGUAUGUGUGUGUGUGUGUGUGUGUGUGUGUGUGUGUGUGUUGCACAAGGACAUGGUUAAGACCCAUACUGUUUCUCCCUCCCUUCUCCCACACACAAUCUGUCAAUCCUUCCUGCUGUCUUAUACUGAAGAAAAGCCACAAACACACACACACACACACACACACACACAUCUGAAGCAAACAUGACUAAGGUAGAUUCUCUGAAGCUAAACGAGGGUCCGCUGAGUUUCUCCAAGGGAUCAUGAUGAAAUGCAUCGCAACUUCCUGUCAUACAGCCAUGCAGAGCAGAGUGGCCAGAGGUGGCCUCCCGGUGCCACUGCCACUGUAACUAAACUGAAUGUCUUACUGUCAAUACUCCAGUUUGCGGUAGUGUCUCUCGCUCGCUCGCUCUCUUUCUCUUCUUCUUCUUCUUCUUCUUACUCUACAGCCAACAUCUCAACUCCACAAUGAAAUCUCUCCACAACUCACCACUGAGGCGUCGAUAUAAUUUCUAUGGGGCUAUUUUGUUCAAAGGCUAACAUUGUAACAGAGUCAACAUCUGCUUUAUCUUUCUGUACAAACUGAUCUUCUGCCCCUCCCCCCCUCCCUCCCCCCGAGUAGCCCUGCAGGCACUGUGGUCUUGUCUUUCUCUCUUUUUCCUGUCCCCUCUUCUGCUCUUUCUUCUUUAAUUUAUUGUGAAUUCAUUUCUAAGGUCGUUUCGCCUCUGUCGCUGAUGAUAAGGUUUUUCUUUUCUGUCUUCCUUUAUGUAAAAUUUACCCUUUUUUUUGUUAACUUUAGUCACUGCUAAUGUAACAAAACGCACUGUGAUGAUUCCAGUAUUAAUAAAAGUUGUACUUAAACUGUG